ACCUUUCACCAUUAUAAAACACGAUUCCUUACUCUUUAUCCUGCUUGCUGUGGAAGAGACAAGGACAGUCUUUGUAACUUUAUACAUUUGCAAUAUUUGGUUGUGCUUCCUGUAAAGCAGGAUUUACCCACCAUUCUUUCUUCAUCCUUCAAUAAUCUUUUCUCUUCGUUGGCAUCCAAAAAAAAUAUGACUGAUGCCAACGUAAUGGACAUUGACAGGACGACUGAUUCUGUUAAUGUCAAAAUUUCUGCAUUUAAGACAACAACAACAUCAAUUACAGAGACAGCUGCAGAGACUGUUGAAGCAAGCAGCGACUCAUCAAGUGAAGCUGACUUUACUCAGGAAGUUAACGUUCCUCAUGAUAAUUUACCUGGACAAGAGCAAAAGAAUGGCAAUCCGGAGGAGCAAUCAACACUGGCUUUUGAGGAAACAUCCCAUCCGCAAAAGAGACGUAGUUCAGAUUAUACAGACAUACCGGAGAACCCUGAUCAAAUGAUUAGCCAGGCGAUAGUAUCAAUUGCGAAUAGGCGAGCAAAGAAACCCGUGUCGUAUGCUCCUGUGUACAACAAGUCUGCUGCGCCAUCAUCCUUAGGCUCUAAAAAAGCCACAUCAAAGCAGGAUCAUAUAAGAACCAUCAUUGGUGCUAUUCUUCCGGAGGGCACUGUGGCCACGGAAGAAGCCUUAGACCGUCUUUCUCUAGCAUUUAAUGCUCUGGUUAAAGAAACCAGCGAUGCUUCCGCUAGUAAGGUAGCGACUUCGGUCAAGGCUGCUGUGACAACUGUUGCCUCCAAGGCAGCCGCGGCGGCAGCGGCGGCAGUGACACCAGCAUCAACAUCCGUACCGAAAUCAACAGUGCCACAUUCGCCUCCAUCUUCGCCUUCAACCUCGUCUUCAAAUACUAGAUCUAAGUCCAAGCGUACAUCGCCCUUAUCUCCGAUACCAGUUGACCAUUCUGAAAGGAUUUUUACGCAUGCUCUUCCAAGGAGAAGCUCGACUACGAUUAUUUCCAGAAAACCUCAUGCUGUAGAUGUGGCAGUGAAAACAGGCUCUAAAAGACACAGCGAGACAGACAACAAGCUCACCAAGAGGCAAAAAUCAACGAAGAGGGAAGGAGAGGACGAGGAAAAUAAGGAAAAGACGAGUAAAAAAGACAAAGAGUAUGAAGAGAACAAUAAUGACGAGGAGGAGGAGGAGGAGGAGGAGGAGGAAUCUGAAUAUGAAGUAGAGGCGAUUCUUGACUACAAGGCCUUACGUGGCAAGAAGCAUAAAUUCUUGAUCAAGUGGGUUGGAUAUCCAGAGAACGAAUCCACUUGGGAAAGUCAGGACGCACUCACUGGAUGCGAUGAAAUGCUGCAUGCAUUUGCGGUUAAAAAGGGAAUCACACUUUAAAUUUUCAUUUUAUUAUCAUUGCCUUGAUGCUAACUUGUGAUUUACUCGUACUACAUUACGAAGGUCCUCAUUAAAAAACAAUUUAUAUUUCAGUGAAGGACAAGAGGAUCAGUAUCUUUGUGAGUAUUUCUUCAUUUCCUAAGCCUCUAAUAUAUCACUAUACCAGAAAACAUUAGGUAUUAACAGAAGUACCUGAGAUAUCAUCAUUUCCUCAAUAAACAUGG